UCCAGCUCCCCGGGCCGCCGACGCCAUCUCGACGCGAGCGGCCGAACGCCGAAGCGCGCGGAUAAAAACGGACGCCGGGCCCCGACCAGCCCCACACACACACGGAACGCCAGGCCACGGGAGCCGAGCGUCUUCUCCGCCUCCCCCUCCAACUGGAGCGCUUGCCGCCGGCGCGGGUCGAUGUCGGACUGUGUUGUUUUACUCGUUGAAAGCCCCGUCGAUCUGGAGUUUCUCGUCACCGUCUUAGCAGGCGUGCACGUGUCAGUGUCUCUGUGAAGUGCAGCGCUUUUCUCUUUUUUUUAUUUGCUCUUUCCCGUGACUGAACAGUCGGUGGUUAACCGCCCGGACCGCAGUUUCGCCUACCAGUCCCCGUGUGACAGGGACUUAUUCACACGGACAGUCGGGACUUUUCAUCUUGCUCGGUCCGUUUAGUUCGGAACGACUGCUGUGCUGUGGACUUCAAGGUGAAUUGUGUACAAAAAAAAAAAAACUUUUUGCGUGACGUACUGUCCAAAAGGAGUUAUUCAUUGCGAAGAGAAACUAGCCGAAGGAAGUGCCACAAAUACACAUACAUAGUUUUUCCGCGGUCUUUUACCAGAACUGGAGGGUGCGGACAUUGCGGAAAUUUGUGCGCGGAGCUGUUAAGCUUUCGUGAAGUGUUCCACUGGUGAAUUGUGUCGCGGACGACGGAGGACUAAAGAACCCGCACACGAGGCGAAGAGGAAAAGUGAGAGGACUAUCGACGUUGACCGCUGGGACGGCGUGUUGUCGAGGAGCAGUCCACAAGGGCGCAUAGGAUUGACGAAAGCUCGUCGUUGCAGAAACCAAAAGGACAGAUUCCAUUCAGGACAAGGGUAACGUCUUCGGACAGGACCCGCAUUCCAAGGACCUGCAGUGGGAUUCCCACCGCAAGGCGGGCCCCUUGAUUGACCUCCGCUGUCCCACCCACUAUUGCUGGGUGAAAUGGAACAACAUAGGCCCUGGACAAGCAUCCAAAACAACACCGGGUAACUGCAGCACCGAGUUUUCCUGUCAACUGCAUAGGCACAUCUGGCUCUAGAGGCAACAGAGGGAAGGAGAGGUCCCCAUCAGGACCCAUUUGACAUGUGAAGGCCAUUUCAAGCCAAGCGAAACCAGUACGCAACGUGAAGACUGCUUGCAUACAUUAAGUCUUGGGCCUGCAACCUUGUGCUAGAGCACCCUUCUAUCAGAAGCUAAGCGUAACACUAUAGAAAAGGAAAGCACGGCAAAAGGUGGACAUAGUUACCAGACCUACAUUUUUUCAUGCUACACAGCUUGUAAAUAAGCAAGAAGAUGCAGGCCCAUUUUCCUAAGCAAGCGCACCAUGAAAGGAUGUCCUGACGGGCAAAAGAGUGCCAAGAUCGCAAAGAAAAAGCACAAGAGAAGUCUGCUGCUUUCCACCCAAUAACUUUCCUAAGCAAACAGAAGAAUGAGUAGCAGUAACACAAGUUCACCCACAAGCAUGCAACUCACGCAAGUUGUUAAAAUCAUCAUAAAGGAAAGAUGCAUCAUCAUCCUACUUAUUGUCUCUUGCCUCUUCAGAGCGACAAGUGCAGAGUGUCCUAGCGCAUGUUUCUGUGACAGUGAAAGCCAGUAUGUCAGCUGCGUCGGGGACAGCACUUCACAAGCACCUCAGGACCUGCCCAGACCAAGCGAGAGGCUGGAACUGCGCAACUUUGCAGUAGAUGUGCUCGCGCAGCACCUACUCAGUGGGGUGCCAGCUCUCAAAGAACUGAAGCUGCAGCAAAGUCGAACGAGAGCAGUCGAAGACGGGGCUUUGGCCGAGCUGGCUCUGUUGCAACGACUAGACUUGAGCCAAAACUUGCUGGAGAAUCUGACAUCAGGAACAUUUAAGGGACUACAGCAACUCAAGUACCUUGACUUGUCUUCAAAUCAACUGGCACACAUAGAUGGUGCCUUUUCGGGCCUGGGAAACCUGGAGCAGCUCAAUCUUCACAGCAAUCUGCUCACUCAGCUGAACACCUACACAUUCACAGGCCUCCACCAGAUCCAGUACCUGAACCUGGACUCGAACCUUGUCUCGAGCCUCGAAGUGGGUGCCUUCCAGAACCUUCCAAACCUUGGACAUCUCAUCCUCAGCAACAACCCACUCACGAGUCUCUCUCGUCUCAACUUCUUUGGCUCGCGGCUGCAGUACAUCGAUGCUUCUCAUGUCGGGCUUGAGCGCAUACCACAAAGCCUCACUCGUUACGUUCGAGACCUCAGGCUCAGCCGCAACAACAUCACUCACAUCACUCUUGGUGACCUGGACAGCUACCCACACCUUGGUUUACUUGUGCUGGAUGACAAUGCUAUUGAAGAUGUGGAAGAUGAUGCUCUAGGUCGACAGGAGUAUCUCGCCAGGCUUUGGCUGAAUGGGAACCGGCUCACAAGGGUCCCAAUGAACCUGCCACAGAUGCUAGUUGCUCUCUAUAUAGAAGAGAACUUGAUAACUGAGCUGCCAGCCAACAGCUUCUUUGGACUGUCGAAAUUGGAGCAGUUGUACUUGCAAAGAAACCAAAUCAGGAACAUUUCAGAGAGCGCUCUGAGUGAUCUUGUCAAUCUGAAGACACUUGACCUGCAGGCAAACCUCAUACAGGUUUUGCCUAAUCACGUUUUCAGCAAUCUCAGCAACUUACAGACACUUGACAUUUCUCAGAAUCUACUACAGUUGCUGGAGCCCGAGUGCUUUCAAGGGCUUGAUGCACUCCAGACACUGCAGGUGUCCAGAAUAGCUAAUAAAGUGGAAUUCCAAGAAUAUGUCUUUGAUCCACUAAAGGCACUGAUCAAGCUCGAAAUGUAUGACAGCAGUGGCCUAGUGGCCGACAUAAUCAAAUCACCAAGAACACUGCAUGGCUUGAGAAAUGUACAGGAGCUGAAUAUCAUGCACAAUAAACUUACAGAUUUGAGACCAGAUUUCCCAUCUUUUUUCCCAAAACUGAAGAUUCUCAAAGUGGGAGGCAACAUGUUUCACUGUGGCCCUGAAGUGCGAUGGCUCUCGGAAUGGAUAAAGACAUCGAGCAUCCAGUUUUACAGUAGCUACAGUAUAAGAUGUGCAUCACCGGUCACACUACAAUUCAAGCCUGUCAUGUUGCUAAAGGAGGAAGACUUCAUUGAAAUUACUACAAAGACCCCCCCAACCCUUCAAGGAAGAAAUGCUGCCUUGGUCAAGAGAGUUCCCCUGCUAAACGUUCCAGAACCAAUUUCUGCCUCCGAAGGCCUGACAGCGAUUGUGACAUUCCAGCCUUCAACACUAAGAAGCAUUACCACCGGAAGUAGAAGUUUGGAAGCAGCUGAGCCAACAACAGCUGUGUCAAGUAACCAGACAGGCAUUUUCCCAGCUGAUAGUGAGACAGCUCCUAAGAGCACUGAAGACUUCUUUCAAACACCACAGAGAAAAAAGUCAUUAAACAUCACUGCCCAAAUGGCAGGCAACCAGAAAGCAAGCAAUGAGAGCUUAAUAGCUCACCUUGCAAGUAAUGUGACAUCUGCGACAGAUGGAACCAUUACUGACAGCAUGAGCGACAUCACUAUUCCUACAGUGAUGAGCAAGCAGGCCAUGACAACAAUUCUGAAUUCAGUCUGGCAACUUCCAACGGCUGAAACAGCUGUUCCAGCUCUAACAACAGCACAAGAUAACCAUACUUCCUUGUCCUUCAAUGCACCUCAAAGCCUGCUGCUUGCACCACCAGUGGCUGAAAAACAACAACAGGAGCCAAGCACCGAAGGGAACUCGACAUUCACUUCGAGAAUCAUUACUGGUUGCAGCUUUCUGCUGUUCGUCACUCUUGUAACCACAGUGUUUCUGCUGCAGACGCGUCACAACUGUGUGGGCUGCCGUGAACAUUAUUCUCGCAUCCAGCGAAGCAGCAUAAUCUCCUACCGUCCUCAGCACGACGAGGUGAACAUCUUGACGGUGUCGGAAGGUACAGUUGAUGCAAGGACUAGCAUGCAUCGUGGCAUUCGAAACAAGCUCUACUUCGCAGUCGAGGGUGGAGGUCCUCAUGACAUGUCUAACGAACCUCACCUGCAAGAGCUGAUUCCUCGCUCCCUGAGUGACAGUGAGUGGUGCAGUGGUCACGUGUGUAUAUAAACUAGGGUGUCUACUGCUACGUGGUAUUUGUGUCCUUAAGUGAUCACAAAAGAAAGUGACUACCGAUGGCCACAGAGACCAAAGGCAUGUACUUUGCGACAGCAGGCUUCAAUCCUGUGCCAAAGAUAUAGAUAUCUCACAAAGCCAAGACAUUUAACUUCUUGAAAAACGUGUCCUGAAACUGUUGAGACGCACCAGCAGCAUGGGCAUGACAGGGACAAUAGUGGUUACAUCUUAAAAGCUGACCUCCAGCUUUUUAAAUUUUUUGUGCAUGUGUGUGCAGAAAGAGCUUGGUGGUAUCAAAAUUCCAUGAGUCAGAGACUCUCAAGGUUGCCUGCAGAGAGCUACUGAAUUGGGUUUGUAAUGACUGUGAGAGUGAGCAUACAUAAACACAAAGCAAUUAUUUUUGUAAAAGAGGAUAAUUAUUUGGCAGCAUGGUAUAUUACAAUGCUACUGUCUACUCGUUUCCUUCUAUCAUGCAGCGAAUGUUUAUACAUGUUGAAUAAAGUGUCUACUUGAAUCUUUCGUAUCAUUAAAACA